GUGGGUUUGAAAUGUGUGUUUGUUUCCAUCCGGGAGGCGAAUUUCAGCCUCGCGGUUUCAGCGGGAGGGUCAGAACUGCGUGCCUGCGGUGCUUUAAUGUACCGGAAUACGUAACGCAGCGUUACUCGCCGUGAACGGGCGACGCGUCUGGGAUAUAACGUUAGUUAAUAUGUGGUUCAUUUCGCCGCGGGAGGCGACUGUGGAGCUCAGAUAGGAGCAACCGGUUUAACAUGUAGCUACAACUUCCAUCUCCGCCCCCGGCAGAGCGAGGUCUCCGUUCAGGCUCGGAUAAACGCGGCGUUCGCGGUGUGUGGACUGUGUGUAACCCGGGACACAUUAAUGACUACAGCAGGGAAACGCGGCCAGGGCGAGGCGUGCGGUCUGCAGCAGGAAUGGGCCGCGAAUUCGGCUUUAUCCUGAGAUAAAGAGGAGACGAGGAGAAGAUGCGCUCGGACGUGGAGUACAGCCCGGUCGGGGAGGGACUGGGCAUGCGCGAGUAUUGGCUGUACGCGUGCCUGCGCAAGGUGGCCGUCGUGGGCGCGCACGCGGUCGCGCUCGGCUUCACCGUGCUCGUGUCCGCGCUGGCAAGACCCGGGACGAGUCUCUUUUCUUGGCACCCUCUCUGCAUGUCACUUGGGUUCUGUCUCUGCAUGACGGAGGGGAUCCUGCUGUUUUCGGCCGACGGCUCCCCGUUCUGCUUCAAGUCCCGCAAAGGGAAGAUCCGUGUGCACUGGAUCCUGCAGGCUCUGAUGCUGCUGUCCGCCGCCACCGGCCUGGGCUUCAUGGUGGCCAGUAAGAACGUGUCGGGGCGCCCCCACCUGGCCUCGUGGCACAGCAUACUGGGUGUAGCCACUCUGGCGGCCACAGCGCUGCAGGCGAUCUGUGGCGUGUGCCUGCUUUUCCCCAAACUCCUCGGCAUCUCGUCCGUGCCGCGCCUGCGCCUCUACCACGCCACCUGUGGCCUGGUGGCCUACCUGCUGGCCACCAUCACAGUCGUGGCGGCCAUGUUUACGGACUGGUUCCAGGCCGCGGUGAAAGGAGCGACGUGGUACGGCUUCCUGCUGCUGCCGCUGUUCCCCGCGCUGGUGGUGAUGAACCAAAUCACAAACUCCUUCCUGCCUAAGAAGAAGCUCACGACGUGAAGCAGAGUCACAACACAAACUGCCCCAUUUAGACUCUCAUUCAUUUACACACGUAACAUCGGCAGCACUGUGGGCGGCAUUUGUGGCCUAAUAUUGAUAUACAUCGGCCAUCAAAAGUUUGGGAACAUCUAGCUGUUCAAAAUUCAAAUGAGCACAUACUGCAUAAAUAGUCAUGUGUAAAAGUUUGGGCGCCCCUGGCCAAUUCACUUUCACUGGUAUUCACUUAUUUUCAGUUAGAAAAUCAACAGAAUGUGUAGUUUUAUCAGGGGUGUUCAAACUUUCGCAUAUAACACACACACACUGAUUUACGGUGACACACUGAUGUGGGAAUUGUGGGUUGAAGGUAAUAUCAUUCAUGUACAAAUCUGCUGAUGCUGAUACAUAAACAUUUUUAGACACUGCAUUUAUUUACUAUUAUUGUAAAUAUAAUAUAUAAGAUAUUAAAUUUGUUUCUAUACAAUAACAAAUGCAUUGACAUGAAUAAGAUGCAGAUAUUUAAGCGCAGUAGCCCAGCAUCCCCUAAACAUGCUGGUCUUCCAAAGUGUAAACAAAAUCAUCUAACAUUGGAUUGAAAUAUCGGUCAAGUCUCAACGUCUGUCCGAUGUCGUUUCUUACCGAUAUCGAUAUGAUUCCAAUAUUAUCCAAAAUUAACCACUACUAUUGUGAAUCCUUUACGAUUUCGUUGUCAGUUUGCAAUAAGCAGGUUAAUUUAGAGGACAGUAAUGUAAACAGUAAAUAGUCAUGCAAAAAUAUCCAUAUGCAAAAGUUUUGGCGCCCCUGGUCAAAUAACGCUUGGUUGAUUUUCUGAGCAUAAAUAAGUGAACACAUCCUCUACAGCGACCACACUACUGCACGUUUUAAUACACAGUUACUGUUUAUUUGCUGAAUUUGGGGGGAAAAAAUGUAAAAAUCAAAUGCAAAAGUUAUGGCACACGUUGCCAACAGAUUCACCAUUGCAGAUAAACAGAAAUUGUGCUCUAAAAUCAGCAGAAAAAUGCCACAGAGUCAUGUGUCAGUCAGUCUUCUCUGUAGAGGACGUGUUAAAUUUCAAUUCGGAAAUCAUUAAAACGUGUAAUUUGAUGACGUGUUCAAAACUUUCACAUAAGUGCUUUUAACAAUAGUUUGGAAACAACAACUGUCCAGUCAUUAUUUAGGAAACCUGCUCUUCCCAACAAGGAAGAGACUUUGUUGAACAUGAAGGUGAAGAUAAAUAUACCCAUCACGUAGAGCUGUUCUGUAAAUAAAACUCAAACAGUACUCAAAAAAAUUCGAAGUAGGCCACGUUUCCCCAAACUUUUGAUGGGCAGUGUAUGUUCCCUGUGAAGACGUGACUGCACAUUUCAUCAUGACUUACUUCUGUACUUACUGCUUAAAGACAUGCUACUUCAGCUGAUUUGGGUUUGUGUGAUGCGCUUGGAGUGUAAAACAAUGCAGCUGUCUAGAUGAUUUGUGCUCUGCAGUGCAGAUGAGCUGCCCUGUGUCUGUGUUUUUGAGCUUCCUAAUCAGUCGUUUAUCUGUUUUAUCCUCUGGCCUGUUCUCAUUAGCGCUGAUGGAAAUGGUACUCAUUUAAGGAGAGACACUACAGGUGAACAGGGUCAUCACAGCACAGUGAAGCGUUUUUUUUUUAUUUUUUUUAUUGGAAGUUUUCCAAAAAUGAUUUUCAGAUAUACAGAUCAGGCAUUAUCUACUUAAAUAUGCAUACGUUUGCAUAUUUUGAAAAAUGUUAAAUUUAAAUGUGAAAUAUUUUUAAAAACAAAAAUCUAGUUUUGGACUAAAAUAAAAAAAAUCUGUAAAAUGUAAUUAAAAAAAUGUAAUUAAAUUGUUUAUAUUUCAGAUCAUUUUGUAUAUAGAUAAUCUGGUAACACUUCAGCUUUGGGGGGGCGUUAAAAUGCCCUUAUAGCACUUAUUAAGCCAUAAGUCGUUGUAAUUAACUGGCAGCUUAUUAAUACACAGUUAAGCAUUUCAAGAGCACUCGUAAUGCUCUUGUUAAGCCUUAUUGACACAUAAUGCUAAAUAAUGUAGUAAUAAUCAGCCAGUUAACUACCAACCACUGGUUUGUUAAAGCUUAAUAUGUGCAUUAUAAGGGCAUUAUAAUAUCCCCUAUUCUGGAGCAUUACACAUAAUCAGCCAUAAAUGCAGCUAUGAGCAAUAUAUUACAUAAUCUUCAUAUUAUUCUCCAGAACAGUGGUAGGAAUUUACACAAACGUUCAAGAAUGCAGGUAAUUUAUAACCUGAACGUAAAGAAAAACUGAUUUUGAAAAAAAUUAUUUUAAGAAUACGCAGUGAGAUCUCAGAAAACACACCACGUAUGGAGAUGUUGUUAUUACUACAAAGGGAACAGACAUAUUUAGAUAUUCUCUAGAUUCUACACAAAACAAGCUUUUCAGUGAUAUGUGACUUGACGUGGUUGUGCUAGUGUGGGCGGAGCUAAACCAUUACCUUCCAAAAGGUAGGAACUUUAAAGUUAGUGAGCAGGAAUUUACACAACACAGCAAAAUAAAUGUACUUCAGCUGAGUUGUGACAUUUUAUGAUUACAGUUUAGGACGCUGUAGAUCUCUUCUUAUCCAAAAACGGUUGUUUCUGCCUGUGGUGUCUCGCCUUAAAGCGCACUUUACAGCGGCAGGAAUCCCUGAUUGCCACAGAGGAGCAAUAACCUCUAUAUGCUUUAUUCGGUCAGGGUUUAUGGGCUGUUUAUAAACUAUGGAUUGAUGCUUGUUUAAAGCUACUCUAUGUAAUAUUUGGGGAUUUGGAGACCUCUCUGGUGAAAAUGUGAAACUGCACAUGAUAUGUGGAGGAAUAUCUGAUAACAUGGGUUGUGCUUUGGACCCCAACAGGCAGUGAAUGUGAUAUCUGUGAGCACAUUGAAAGCAUUCAAAGAGAACUCAGUCAAACUUGGUGAAGGAUGUGUUUUCUGAGGAUGUGAGUGAAUUACCCACUAUCGUCAUCAGACCUUCAUCAGUAUAAUGUUCAUUUUGAGCCUAUACAGGUGACGUGGUUUGCGAAAUCUCACCCGACGCCUCUGAGCAUUAAAGCUCACUGAAAUUUUAUCCUAAAUGUCAUGUAAUGUAAGUCCUCUGAGUCUCUGUGGGAUGUAAGGGAUGUAUUGUUAACUGGACACGGUACCUGACCUGACAGACACUAUUUUUAAAGCCAUUUUUCAGCUUUUUUCUUCAGUUUAUCAUAUUUAUUUAGCAGGUCGUCUCAGUUGGGCUGAGUUUUACAUUACUGACUACGUUACUGUGUUGACAUGGCAUUUAUUUUGUUGCAUAUUUCUUGUAUCCUUAUUUAUAUCAUGUCCAGUUUUUUUCCUGAGAUUAUUCCUGGAUUAAAAAGGAUUUCCAGUG